AUGAAGGUGAAUUACGUCAUCGUUAUCGUGUCGGUUUUGGUCGCAGUGGUGGUUGCCAAUCCCAAGCCAAACAUCGUCAAUCCUCCAUGUAUUGGUUGCUAUUACCAAGUUGGCAACGAGUGUAAGCUUGAUAAGUUCUGUGCAGGGGGUGUAAAGAGAGAUCCCAAGCCAAACAUCGUCAAUCCUCCAUGUAUUGGUUGCUAUUACCAAGUUGGCAACGAGUGUAAGCUUGAUAAGUUCUGUGCAGGGGGUGUAAAGAGAGAUCCCAAGCCCAACAUCGUCAAUCCUCCAUGUAUUGGUUGCUAUUACCAAGUUGGCAACGAGUGUAAGCUUAAUAAAUUCUGUGAAGGGGGUGCCAAGUGA